AGACAGGGAAGAAGGAAGGAUGCAGGCAUGUCUGGUCAACGCUGCUUCUAAUGUUCCCCGAGGAGACGCUCAUUCUGAGCCCGCCCUGGGUCAAGAAAAAGUGCAUUUUCAGGGGUUAAAUAACUCCACUUUCUUGCAACCCGACCCACAGAUCUCUUUUCUCUUGUCUGGGGCUUGGCUGGCGUGUUUAUUUUUCACUCAUCUAAUGCUAUUCUGAUGACAUGUUACAUAAACUUCGUUCUUUAGAAGUUAUGAAUGCCAGACUUCCAGGGGUCGCGGGGGCAAAUCCGAAUUCAGGUGUCUGUCUCCCAUGUAGGUUCAGGGUUUGGAGCUGCCACUAAAGCAAUGUGCAUUGGGAUGCGGUACUGGAAGCCAGAACGACUGGAGACCCUUAUUGAAAUCAGCAUUGAGUGCGGCAGAAUGACCCACAACCAUCCCACAGGUUUCCUUGGAUCCCUGUGCACUGCUCUGUUCGCCUCUUACGCAGUACAAGGCAAGCCACCUGUACAGUGGGGAAGAGAUAUGCUGAAGGUGCUUCCGCUGGCUGAGGAGUAUUGUAGGAAGACCAUCCGGCACAUGGCAGAGUACCAAGAGCACUGGUUUUACUUUGAAGCAAAAUGGCAGUUUUAUCUGGAGGAGAGAAGAAUCAGCGAAGACACAGAGAACAAAGCCACCUUCCCCGACAACUAUGACGCUGAGGAGAGAGACAAGACAUACAAGAAGUGGAGCUCAGAAGGCCGAGGCGGGCGGCGCGGCCACGAUGCCCCCAUGAUUGCCUACGAUGCCCUCCUUGCUGCAGGGAGCAACUGGACCGAGCUGUGCCAGCGGGCCAUGUUUCAUGGAGGCGAGAGCGGAGCCACAGGGACCAUCGCCGGCUGCCUGUUCGGGUUGCUGUACGGCCUGGCCACCGUUCCCCGGGGCUUGUACCAGGAACUGGAGCACAAGGGCCGACUGGAGGACUUGGGCACAGCCCUGCACCGCUUGUCCACAGAAGAAAACUCCAGGAACAGCCAGAUCUUCCAUGAGAAGAUGGCCAUUGAUGCGCAGACACUCAAGAAGAAGAUAGGCAGGACAUGCGACGAGGCAGCCCGCACCAUCCUCAACAGCCUCCUGCUUUACGUCUUGGACCGUGCGGACCGGCCCCAGGAGGCAGGAAACAGAGCAACCAGGGUCAACCGCCCACCCCAGCUCCAGGAGGCGGGCCCGAGACCCACACGGUUCCAGCUUCUACAGGCUAAGUUCAUGGGCACGGGCCGGGAGCCCCACCUCAAGAAGACCCGGGAAGUGGGCCGGCUGAUCUCCAAGGACAAGCAAGGGCCGGGCAGGAGUUUUGUAAAUGCCACUAUCAACAAGCUCCUAGAAAAGACCAAGGAAGGAGCCAACGGUGCCAGCCAGAGGACCCCAAGCAGUGAGAAGCCCCGGUGGAGCCCCGCGAGUGGGAAGAGCACCGUGAAAAACAUCCUAAAGAAGUUCUUGGCUGCAGAAGAGAAGGAAGCCAAGGAGAAAGAGGCGCGAGAGAAACCCCCUGCCCAGCGGCCUGGUGCUGCCAGGGGCCUCCUGCCGCGGAUCGUGGGCCGGAGCUCCAUCCUCUCCAAGCUGAGAGAAAGAUUUGAACAGAGCGGUUGUCUGCACUCGGAGGCUGGUGUGCUGCCCCUGCACAGGGAAGGACGGAAGAGCAAGAGUCUCCAGAAGAAGAAAGUGCACAGGCCACAAGUGCGGGUGCUCCACGUGGCCACCAUGGCUACCAGCUGCACCAGAACUCCCCCUGCCCGGUUCCUGGCCUGCACAGCCGAGCCCCUGCCAGCCCUCAGCAUCGCCACCGUUGUCUGCGGCCCCCAGAGCUGGCUGUCCCAUUGCGCAAAGCUUAGUCACUCGGAGUCCAGACGCUGGCCCGUUGGAGAAACCAUCAUGUCCUCCAGCUCAGAAAGCCUGGAACCCCGAGGAAACGAAUCCAAAGAACUCAUGAAUGAGGAGCGCAAGGAACAACUCCAGUCCUCGGUGUCCCAGGCCACGCCUCCUGUGGGCAGUCACGUGGCUAUGAACGUGGGUUUCUCGGGCAUGUCUACCAAAGGCCAAGACCUGUCUGGCCAUGCAUCCGUGUUGUCCCCACUUGGACUGGACAGCCCCAGAGAUACUGGGGUAGUCAGGAAGGACAGAAGAACAGAGCCCAAUACACAGGAGGUGGCGCCUGACACCCAGGGAGUGAAGGAUGGCACAAGAGAGGCCCCUGAAAUCACCAUGACUGUGUUCAGCUCUGAGGAUGAGGCAGAAAGGACACCUUCAGGCCCAGAAAGAGAGCCCUUCUUUGCCAUCCAGAGGCACCUUCCGGAACAGGAGGCAGUGGCUCAGAUCCCCCUCCCAGCCCCUUUAGCAGUCCAGGCUGAGCGGCGAACGCAGGCCGCCAUCAGGCCUCCGCAGAUAACAGUACAGCUUCCCGUUGUUCACGAAAUGCCAGCCUCUCCUGGCCCUCUGCAACAUGCCACAAGUCGUGAAGACGAUUGUUCUCAAGUUCUGAGACGAGAGGAUGGGACUGAAAAUAAACAAGCCGCGUUUUCCACUGGGACUGAGGAUAGGAGGGGUUACCAAACCCCCACAGCACUGAGUAAACCCCACGGGAUGCCAGUGAGUCUCCAGCCUGCAGCAGAAGGUGGACUCCAGGAAGACAGAAGAGAUGACACCCAUGUGGUUGGUGAUGCCUCACAGAUGUUCCCAGUUCCAAUCCCUUCAAGAACGUUUCCUGGUGGAACAGAGAAAAAAAAGCACAGCCCCGAGGACUCACGUGACCUCAGGAAUUGCAGUGGAACUUCGGAAGAGUGUAUCUCUGACCUCACCUGGGAAAGGCAUCUGUGUCCAGAAUCCAGUGAGGCCCCUCCAGCUGGCAAUGGCACCUCAAGUCAUCCCAGUGUUGGGAGAGGCUAUGCAGGAGUGGGCACCAGCUCGGCCACUGGCCUCCAGCAAGGGGUAUCCCCCACAGUGCAGGUGCCACCCCAGGGCUGCGUAAGGCCUGGGGGUUCUCUAGCGUCAGGCAAAAACAUCCAGUUUGGGCAGGAAGAGUGCAAAGGGCCCCUGAACGAGUCGGCUUCACCCCCAAGCAUGGCUCAGGAAAGCGUCAGACAUGAUUUGGGCAACGACAGCCAGUCCACAUUCGAUGAACAGCCUACUGCAAGCAUCGGAGUCUCUGGGGAGGCGACAGCUAGAGGGACCGUCACUGGUCUCACAAUGCCGCAGCCAAGUAGCACCCAGAACCCUGAAUGCAGGAUAACGGCACGGCCAUCUGGUGCUCAGGACGCCGAACCCAAGAUAACGCCACCUAAGGGUGGUUCCAAGGAUGCUGAACACAAGAAAACGCCCCAGACAAGCGGUGCCCAAGAUGUCAAACACAAGCAGAUGUCAUGGGCAAGGGACACCCAGAACAAUGUACACAAGCUGACACCACAGCCACCUGUUUCCCCAGAUGUUGAACCCACGAUGACACCAGGUCUAGGUACUUCCCAAGAGCCCAAGCCCAAGCUAGCACUGGGACCCAGUGGUACCCAGAAUGCCGAGCACAAGACAGAAGAUAGAACCCGAGACACGAAACAGGUGACACCAUGGCCAGAUGGUACCCAGGAUAAUGAACACAAGAUAACGCCACACGGUGCCCAGGGCCCUGAACACAAGGCGGUGUCACAGACGGGUGAUGCCCAAGAUGCUGAACACAAAACAACCAUAUGGACAGGUGGUGCCCACACCCCUAGACAGAAGGCAACAUUGCAGCCAGGCGGUACCCAGGAUGCUAAAUACAAGACAAUGCCACAAGUAGGUGGUACCCAAGACACUGGACACAAGAGGUCAGCACCAGUCGGUGAUGGCCAGGAUGGUGAACGUGGGCCUGAACACAAGACAACACCGUGGUCAGGUAGUAUCCAGGACUACAGAGACAAGGUAACACCAAACGCCGGCAGCCACCCUUUGGUAUUGAGCAGGUCCUCGAAGGAGGAGUGCAGAGCCACGGAAGGAAGCAUCUCAGAAGACACGGUGCAGACCCACGUCCUAAUGUCGGCAGCCCCGGCUGCUGAGCCGGGGGAAGCUGCAGAUUCCUGCCCGGUGCCUGUUAAGUCUCCACCGUGUGCUUCAAGUGAGCCAGUGCUGAGAACAAGCAGUUUGGGUACCGAGAACAAAUUGACGGUCCUGCAAAGCACAGCAUCCCCAAGGAUGCAUCUGGGCCACUCACCACCGCCCUCUGUGGGCCUACAGGCACUGGGCGGAAAGCAUCCUGAGAGAGAACAACACUGCUCUGGUGCACCACAUUCCUCUACAUAUCCUCUGAGGCCAGCCGCAGAGGGAGAGACCAGGCAGGUGGAGCCGGCCUAUGGUCCAGAGCCUCCUGUGUCCACCCAGAAGGCAGAGCAUAGGUCUUCCCUUCCUCAGACAAAAAGCUUAGGGAGUGAAGCCAGAGAGAGUCUACCAACACAGGGGGACAUGGGCCGGCCGCAGGGUCACCUUGGACCAGAGGAAACCGGUACAGGGCAUGCAAGAUUACACCAGACUGGACAGUCGGAUGUUCUGUGUGUGGCAGAGCCCGAAAAGAUGCCAGUGGAAGAGAAUCCCUGCUGGCACAGGGACAGGGAUCAGGAGCAUCCCCUGAGGCCACUGGGCACGCAGGAAAGGAGCCCAGCUCAAGGAGACAACCUUCAGGAUGAUGAGAACCUAGCCACCCCAGGGAACCCUAGGAAGCCUUGUGGCUUGGCUAUGCAGAAACGGACCCAGAGUCAGGCACAGGCCAGCCAGCCAGUACCUCAGGCCUGGGGACAGCCUGACAGCACACCUGAAGAGGAAAUGACUGCUGGCCCACGUGAGGAGCCUCCCAGUCUGGGCCCCACUCCUGGCCAUCAGCAAAGCCCAGGUGCCCCGCACCUGCCCCAAGAAGGCCAGACCCUGGCUAGUAGCAGGACCACAGCCUGCUCCCUUGACAGAGCAGAUGACUCUCCCUGGCUCACCUUGAAUGCUGGGGGCCACCCGCUCUUCCAAACCCUUGCCCAGGAUGGGCCCCCAGAUGCUCCCAGGGCAGAAAAGGACCCCUCAGACCAUAGGCAUCGCAGGUCGGUGCAGUUUGCAAAAUAUCGUGCCCAGAGCUUCCGUGACCAGAAAGCCUUUGAUCUGUCCUUUAGGCCCAGAGUCCUCAGGGCGAGUGAUACUUUUGAGCCCCCAAAGUGAGGACUCACUUGGAGCCAACAUGCUUGUCUCCGAAUGAACAUGACUUUGAGCAUCCCCUGAAGAGAAAAUGUAGACAUUAGUGUAGACAUUAGUGUCUCUCAUUUCCUCUCACUUGACAUGAACUAGUCCUGGGGAUGCAUGUGGGUGGUGCUUCCCAUGUUUGAAGCCAGGCUUCUUCAAAUGAGGGAGGUGUUAGCUAUCCAAGGCUGCUGGCUGUGGCCCACAUCUUUCACGGGUCCUCGUGACGUCUGACCGGCACUGUGACGUGGAGGACACAGAGACCUCACUCCUGUCUUGACAGAGGAGGGAUCAGAGCCGUGGGCUGCCCACUGGCCCUCUGCUCCCCCAGAGCUUCCCCGCCAUGCCCCUGCCUACUACCCAAAGUCAGUGCCUGUGACCUAUGACCUGUGACCUGACCCUUACAUACGUGGGAAGUGCAAGGCUUGCCAAGCCCUGUCCCACUUCUAAGCCGGUACCAGAGUCUCUCUGAUCUCAGCAGGCAGAACCUUGGGGUCACGGACUGGCUUAUCCCUUCAGCAGACAUCAGGAGAGGCGACCCCAAGGAGCCACAGGAGGCGGACUCAGUGUUGAUUUGAGGCACACAACUCCAAGCACGCUUUUCUUUAGAACUGGGUGGCCACCUCUAUUGUCCCUGCGACUGCCUAGCAUCCCUAGCGGGACUCAUGAGGCAACCCUCCCACUGCACGAGCUGCACGGGAUUGCAGUGUCCGGCUGCUGACUGCAUCUCCGUCUGGAGAAGCUGCUGUCCUGAGGCGUACGACGAAGGUGACCCUCAGCCAUUGCAACACGGCUUAGGAUCGUUUCCACGAACAGCUCACGGGUUCCAGACGGCCCCGUGCGUGGGUCUGUGUAACACAUCCGAGCAGUCUGCACCUCUUCACGCUCUGGUCGUCACGCCACCUGACUUGUGGGGAUGCCCCACACCCCACAGAACCGCAGAAGAGCUGAGGUGGUGGUCAGCAUCCCAGGAUGCUCUCCUUCGGGUGGUGAUUUCCUAGGUUUCUGCUCCUUGGAGACUGGCCCUUUGCUUUCCCCACAACUGAGAAAUUCCCUAAAAUGCUCUCCCCGCUCUGGAGCGGGCUCUCUAUCCUCUGGGACUUGCUUUGUUUUCUAACUCAAAUAUCCACAACAAGAAUGUCCUGUCCUUUUCCUGAUGCGGCUGGCUAUGGGUGUCCCCACCCCAGCUCAGGGAUGCCUGAGUGGACAAAUGGGUCGUAACACAAGGGUUUCUCGGGCAUUGAGCUCAGGGCUCCCUCUGUAGGAGGCAGGGUUUUUGCUGAAGUUACAGGGGAUGUUUGAAUUUCCUGAACACAGGGGACUGCCCCCUUGUGUCCUGUGUUCCAUCCUGGGGUCAUCUCCCAUAUCCUGGGGUCCUGAGGAGAUAGAUGCCUUGGUUUUGGUUUUUCAAGCCCAGCCAAUAUUGACGGUACAUGGAGCUACAGGGUACAAAGAUUCCCUACCCUAGCCAGAGUCGCUAUGAAGCCAGCUCCUAGGGACUAUGAGACAGGAGGGUAGUCCCAGCAGAGGCCACGGAGCUCCUAUGGGCCUUUUCAGAGUUAUCAACAAGAUCUGCUCACACCAGGCGUGGCCAUGUAGUUGGGAGGUAGCUGGAACCCUUGGAGUGCCCAGGUAUGGCUAUCUCCCGCCAGACAGGUGCAAAACCAGUUUACAGGUUUCUUUCUUUAUACACUUUGUUCCACAAAGGACAUGGGUGAUGUUUGAUAAAAAGCAUGAGAGGCGGAGGAGAUAAAACCUGCAUGCUCAAUGGGCAUCCCUUUAAAAGGUGACAGUAAUGGGACUUCGAUGAAGGGUUUUGUUCGUUUGUUUUUAAGAUGGAGUACUUUUGCAAAAAAA